AAUUAAAUCCAGUUCUCUCAGUAUCCGCAGUGUAAACAAACAAGAAGCACACGCGGAGCCGAAAGUUGAAACAGCCGGCGAGUUUACUGUGUCGAUUAAUGAAGCUAAUCGUAUCGCAUCGUUUUGUUUUAUGACCUCAAAACACCAAGUUCAAGAUAUACCAGCCAUCAAUCCGUUGGGUGGCUUAUUGGAAUUCAAACGGCGGCGAUAGAUAGCUACCGAAAAUUGCAUUCAUUUUUUUCCGCUGCUUUUUUUUCGGAUAAAAAAAAAUAAACAAAAAACAACAUGUCUACAACCAAAGUACUUCAGAAAUCGGAAUCAUGGAAACACUCGACAAUAUCUGUAAAACCGCCUAGCUAUCGGAAGAAACCUUUGGUCACCAACCAAAGCUGGUUAAAGGGUAAACGACUGGAUGAUGGCGCCGAAGGUCUAUGGCGUAUCCACGAUAAUUUAUAUGAUUUCAACGAUUUUGUAUCAAAACAUCCGGGUGGCUCAUUUUGGUUAGAUCGUACCAAGGGCACCGAUAUUACCGAAUCCUUUGAGAGUCAUCACAUCAGAGGUGUUCCCCAGGCGAUAUUGCAAAAGUAUUUUGUACGUCAAGCCCAGCAACCGAGGAACUAUACCUUAACGCUGAAGGAAAAUGGAUUUUAUCUUACGCUAAAGCGUCGCGUUGCAGAGCAACUGAAAAAUGUCGAUCAAAGUCCCAAAGGGAAGACGCGGUUCUACCACUUGAUUCUCCUCUCUGCCACCUUGGUAUUCAUUGUACUGUCGGCACUGAUGCCUAAUAUUAUUUUCGAGGUGGCUGCAGCUCUUUCCCUGGCAUGGCUUAGCAUUUCCGCUCACAACUAUUUCCAUCAACGCGACAAUUGGCAAAUGUAUACCUUCAAUUUUACCCUGAUGAAUUUCAAUGAAUGGCGGAUUUCUCAUGCCCUGUCGCAUCAUGUCUACACAAAUUCAUUGCAUGACUUGGAAAUGUCCCUCUUUGAACCAUUCCUGUGUUGGAUUCCCAACAAGCAUAUUGCUUCUAAGGCCAGACGUAUUGUAUCCGUGAUAAUACAGCCGGUGUUCUAUUCACUUAUAUUUCCCAUUCAGUUGCUGCAGAGAACUGUCCGAUCGGUGGUUGGCAAAAAUGAGCUAUACUGGCACGAUAUUAUUGGAUUUUCCCUACCUAUUCUAAUGCUGCUCGUCUCACCGGCUCCAUCCUCAUCAACGGUCAUCCUUCAAUGGCUUCGCAUCAUUGCGAUAUCCAGCUUCAUAUUCGGUUUAAUUGGCCUGAAUGCCUCCCAUCAUACCCCGGAAAUUGUGCACGAUGGCGAUGCGCUGCGUGAAAAUCGUGAUUGGGGUCUUUAUCAAGUCGACACAAUCAUUGAUCGGGGUGAUAUUAAAAAUUCUCAUUUUAUGUGCCUCACCCAUUUCGGGGAGCAUUGUCUGCAUCAUUUAUUCCCAACCCUGGAUCAUGGUGUAUUGCCACAGCUGUAUCCGAUACUUAUGAAAACUCUCUCGGAAUUCAAAAGUGAAUUGAGAGAAAUAACAUUUUUGGAUCACAUCAUUGGACAGAAUCAACAGUUACUGAGGACCAAAGCUAAUCCCAUACCUGUGGACCAAAGAAAAUUAAAGAAGUAAUAGUUUUUUAUUAUCGAUUUAAUGAUUGUUUUUGUAAAUAGUUUAUUUAAGGCGUUUUUAUACAAAGUCAUUGUGAUUUGAAGAAAUUUUAUUUAUAUGCACAUACACACACAUACAUAUGUUUGUUUGAAAAAUUCACU